UCAGUGUGAGGUGGCUGGAGAAAGAGUGUGUGCAGUGGAGCAUGGGGUGGAGAGACUGAGAAAGGGAGGGAGAGAGCGAGAGACACAGAAUGAAGGAGAGAAACAGAGGGAGGGUAAAAAGUUUAGAGUUGAGCUUGGGGGGCGUAGGCAGGGACAGAGACCCAGGAUCUCAUUUUGUUGUUCUGUUUCUGAACUCUGCUGAAACACAGGAAACGGGGAUGAAGCCUGCCUGAGAUUUCUUCAACUUUUCUGUUUUAAGGUGUGUCGUGGCCCCCAGCCGUGUCUGUGAAUGUCUGUCACCAUGGCUAAGCGUGAGACUGGCAGCACAAGUCCAGUGGUGCGGCAAAUAGACAAGCAGUUCCUGGUCUGCAGCAUCUGCCUCGAUCACUUCCACAACCCCAAAGUGCUACCCUGCUUACACACCUUCUGCGAACGGUGCUUACAGAACUACAUCCCACCCCAGUCACUGACGCUGUCGUGUCCAGUGUGCCGACAGACCUCCAUCCUGCCCGAAAAAGGUGUAGCAGCACUGCAGAAUAACUUUUUUAUUACCAAUCUCAUGGAGGUGCUUCAGAGGGAUCCAGGAUGUUCUCGUCCUGAGGCGUGCAAUGUGCUGGAGUCUGUGAGUGCAGCAGCUGCUGGGAAGCCUCUUUCCUGCCCAAAUCAUGAGGGCAAGGUGAUGGAGUUUUACUGUGAGUCGUGCGAAACAGCCAUGUGUUUAGAUUGCACAGAAGGGGAACACAGAGAACAUGUCACUGUCCCACUGAGGGAUGUUCUGGAACAGCACAAAGCAGCACUGAAGAAUCAGCUGGAUGCCAUUCGCAACAGAUUGCCUCAGUUGACGGCUGCAAUUGAACUGGUGACUGAGAUCUCCAGGCAGCUGAUGGAACGAAAGACUGAAGCAGUGAAUGAGAUAAGCAGUACAUUUGAGGAGCUGGAGCGUGUUCUGCACCAACGUAAGACUGCCCUCAUCACUGACCUAGAGAACAUCUGCAGCUCCAAACAGAAGGUGCUGCAGUCCCAGUUGUUAUCCCUGCAGCAGGCGAAAGAACAUAUUGAGAGUAGCUGCAGCUUCACAGAGCAGGCUCUGAGCCAUGGAGGUGCUGCCGAGGUGCUUCUUAUGCAGAAGCAGAUGGGGGAGCGUGCAGGCGCUCUGGCCUGUCACACCUUCCCUGAACGGCCGCAUGAGAACGGACACCUGCAGUGCCGCCUAGAGACAGAGGGCCUGCGCCGCUCCAUCCAGAAUCUUGGGGUCCUGAUCACCACUAGUGCUGUUGGACACACUAGUGUGGCCACCGGAGAGGGCCUGAGGCACGGCAUCAUCGGCCAACACAGCACCAUCACCGUUACCACCAAGGACAAGGAAGGAGAACUGGUGCGAAGCGGUAAUGCACUUCUAAAAGGAGAUAUCACAGGGCCGGAAGGAAGCAAAGCAGUCGAGGUGGAGGUAGCGGACAAUAAAAACGGCACAUAUGAAGUGGGCUACACGCUGAGGAGCGAGGGAGAGUAUUCUUUCUCACUGAUGCUUUAUGGCCAGCCUGUGAGAGGGAGUCCAUUCAGACUGCGGGCCGUGAAGCCCAGCGACGUUCCUCAGUCUCCAGAGGACGUGAAAAGGAGGGUGAAGUCACCCAGUGGAAGUGGAGGACAUAUCAGGCAGAAAGCUGUACGAAGACCCUCCAGCAUGUACAGCACCACUAAGAAGAAGGAGAAUCCUAUUGAGGAUGAGCUUAUCUACAGAGUAGGCACGAGAGGCAGAGAGAAGGGCGAGUUCACUAAUCUUCAAGGUAUCUCUACCUUCAGUGGGAGAGUUGUAGUAGCAGACAGCAACAACCAGUGUAUUCAGGUGUUUACUAACGAUGGACAGUUUAAGCUGAGGUUUGGCGUGCGAGGCCGGUCACCAGGGCAGCUGCAAAGACCCACGGGAGUGGCAGUAGACAUGAACGGAGACAUCAUAGUAGCUGAUUAUGAUAAUCGAUGGAUAAGCAUCUUCUCCUCAGAAGGGAAGUUUAAGAAUAAAAUCGGUGCCGGGAGGCUAAUGGGGCCAAAGGGCAUUUCGGUGGAUCGGAACGGUCACAUCAUUGCUGUAGAUAACAAGGCAUGCUGCGUCUUCAUCUUCCAGUCCAACGGGAAACUGGUUACCAGGUUCGGUGCAAGGGGCUCGUUGGACAGACAGUUUGCAGAAAAAAGUGGUUCAAACUUUAAACAGGAGCAAAAGCUUAGUAAAUCUGGCCCUGGGUUCAGUCCACACUUUGUGGCUGUCAACAACAAGAAUGAAAUCAUAGUAACAGACUUUCAUAACCACUCGGUGAAGGUGUUCAGUGCAGAUGGUGAGUUCCUCUUUAAAUUUGGCUCACAUGGUGAAGGAAAUGGGCAGUUUAAUGCCCCAACAGGAGUUGCUGUUGAUGCAAAUGGGAACAUCAUUGUAGCAGACUGGGGUAACAGCAGGAUACAGGUGUUUGACAGCUCAGGCUCUUUCCUGUCCUACAUAAACACGAGUGCAGACCCACUGUAUGGGCCGCAGGGUUUGGCGCUGACGUCUGAAGGUCACGUGGUUGUUGCAGACUCGGGGAACCACUGUUUUAAAGUGUAUCGCUAUCUGCAGUAGUGCUCAAGCUCUCCUUCUUUCUCUCUUCUACGGUUUUGCACGUUCAGCUAAAAUCAAUUCCCUUAACCAAACUAAAGUGGAUGAGCAGAAAGCACAAGAGCAUUUUUCUUUCACAGUGAUCUCCAAAAAAAUACUUUUUUUUUUUCAUAUAUAAUGGUGAACUAAGACCUUAGGGUUGUUUAGGGUGGAUUUCAGAGAGUCAUAAUAAGCACACUUUGUACAGAAAUAGGUUGAAAAGAAAUCAGAACCAUUUGUGUACAGCACUUUCUCUGAAGCAUGCAUUCAUAAAGCCACAGUAGUGUUAACAUUUCUGCCAUUUGGUAACUGCAGAUAUUUUUACAAAAUAAUUUCAAAUGGCUCAUAAAAAUACUUGAAUAAUUGAUUCCAUAAUAACAUGUAAACAUUUCCCUUCAACCUAAUUCCAGAACUUGUACAUAAGCACAUGCAGAAGAAAAUUCUAUAUUAAUUCAAAUAUAUUUUCAGGGAUUUCCAAAAGUCUACAGUUAAGACACUUGUAAAAAAAAAAUGGAAUUUAGAAUUACUUGUUAUUAAGGAAUGAAUUCUACAUUAUGGUGCGUUAUGAGUUAUAUAAUUAACAACCGUUACCAAAUUUCAAAGAACAAUCUGUUUAUACAGUUGCAACGCUUUAUGAAUACAGGCUAGACAGAACGUUCACACGCUUUUAAAUCCAGUGUCUUAACUUUUGCUAGUUUUUUAGAUCAGCAAUGAAAUUAGGCCUGAUCCCUCUGUCAGCUUUACUUCCCAUCUCUCUGUAAAACACACUCACCCUCUUUGUCUUUUUGAGUGCAAACCCCAGUGGUGGAUAUUGAUGCCUAUGUAUUUGUAUCUAUGCGCAUAAACAAGUGUCUGUAUAUAUGCAUAUGUGUGUAUAUAUACAUAGGAGAAUAUAUAUAUAUGUAAUCUGUAAAUGGUACCACACUUUGGCUUCCCGUCAUCGUUGUUACAUGAUGUCAUUGAGCUGAUGUUACACUUCAGACUGCUGCAUUUACAGAAAGAUUCAGCAGCAAAAAAGCACACGAAUUAUUUUUCUAUUACGUUUCAUUAUGCUUUAAGUUUCGAGUUAACCUAUAAACAAACAAACAAACAACAACUUGGUGACUGAAGUGAGGGGAAAAAAAAAGAAACAGCAAUGGUUUAGAUAAAUGUUUUGUUAAUCGCACUGCAAUGCAUUUGCACAUCGAGUCUCAUACUCAGAAUAUCUUUGUAAAUAAUCCUAAGUUUUUACAGCCGAUGCAUCAUAGUGCUUACUGUCGUUUAAUCAGUAUUUAAUGGUUGUUUUUUUAUUUAUUUCAUUUUUUGUACAGACUUUGUUGUGUCCCUCCACUUUUUAUUUUUUGGAAUGAGCCCUGCAUAAAUCUCACCAGCCAAAGCUUUUAACUGUCUUUUAUUUUUUGUACAUUUUUCUCAUUGCUUUUGGGCCUCAGCCAUUUGUCUUGAGGUAUUGUAUAAGGUGUUUUUCAGAUUGGAACAGAAGUUCAUUAUUCUUUUUAAAAUAUACACUCAUUACGGACAGCUUUUUAGGUGGUGUUUCUGGACUGCAGUUAAAAACCUAGAAACAUUGUGCAUGUUGAGGUUGUUUCAGCAAUGUGGAUAUUUAAUGGGUUUUGUUAUAUCUACUAACUGUAAAUGACUGUGAUAUUUCGUAUUUCUGUCUCACGUCAGACGUCUCAGAGCACGUGUGUUUUCGUAUUAAUCAGGCUUCGAUUUGUUCACACAGGUCUCCAAAUCUUUGUGCAUCUUAAACACUAGACUGUAGCGAGUUAUUCAUCUACUCCUCGUUUACAUGUUUUUUUUUUAAAGUCUUGCAAGAAUGUUUGAGGGUUUGACACGUCAUACUUUGCUCUGCUUGAUACUCUUGAUAUACUGAUACUCGAGUGCAUUUUUUUACACUUUAUAUCAUAAAGUGCACAGGUGUAAAUCAGUUCAUUAAUCCUUAUUACUCCUCAGUGCUAAAGCUGACACAAGCCUGUAGUGCAUUAUAGGUAUGGCUUCUAUGCAUUGGAGCCGUUUUAAAAUAGUUAAUAGUUUAGUUAGAGCAUUAAGAAUGAAAGUUCUAGCUUUUUGGACAAAGCAACUUGUUUUUGAGUAACAGGACAGAUCCAUAGUCAGUUUCUGUCUUCCAGAAUUGUGUGAGCAAAAAGAGAGUAAAAAUAGCUGAACCUCAUCUGAGAUGCACAACAUACAUGCACAUGGCAUAAACAUCAUGAACUCCUUCCAGAACAUAAUUUAGAACCCACCUUUAACUAGAAAUCAUUCAAUAACAAAAAGUAUUGUAUAUGAAAAUUUCAAUGUGUUCGCUGAUGGAUUCUAACAGUGUGUAAUUAAAAGUGUAAAUAUAAAGUUAUUUAAACACCUACA